CAGGCUGAGCCUUAUCCUCUCUAUGAUUUCAUAGCCAUAUAUAAUACAUAUCCAUCUUUUUAGCUCACUCGCAGUACGGCACUCUGUGAAAACCUUUGCUCCGGUCCAGGACACCUAUCAAUUAUCGCCAUCAUCUGUGGGUCUUCAACUGCUCCAAGGGCACUCAAGAACCACCCUGAGGUCGCCCGACCUGCCAGCGCAAAUACCAUGGCUACCAUCCGGCAGUCCCGUGGCAUUAUGCGCGGGAUAGUGAUCAUCUCGCUUCCACUAGCCCUGACAAUUUACUUCCUAGUAAUAUGGCGCCUUUACCUCGUCCCAGACAACGACAACGGCAAUGGUCUCGUUUUCGGUCGCUCUGGCGCCAACGCAAUAUACUACUCGUGGUUCGUGCUGGCGUCCGUCGGCUUGAGCAUCUUCCACUACGGACGUGAGGGUGUUGCGGAGCGCAUGCUUAUCCGGCCCAAGUCGUUAGCUCUUGACUCAAAACAUCAAGAUGAUCACAUCCCGCCCAACGGAUGGCUGCUGGCCUUCGGGAGGCCGGUCCUCCUUCGCCGUGAGCCGGCCACUCGGGGCCUCACCUCGCUCGCUUGGACGUUGCUGAGCCUCGUCACCUUAUUUGGUUAUGUCGGACUCCCUCUUUCCGGUUUGACAAUGGAGUUUGAGACAGGAUAUCAAUUUCUUUCUGGGGCGCCGGCUGGUGGCACGGAUAGACAUCCCACGGUCAUGGGAUAUAACAAGGAAAACUGGAACGCGCGCUUCACAUUUGAUACUACAGAGCGGGCGUUCUCGAGGUGGAGUGAGACAACGAGGAUCCAACCACCUCCCGGGGACGGGGUCAUUUACACCUCCCAGGAGGUCGACAGAUCCAGUCUUGCGGAUAGCGGCGUGUUUACCAACCUUCCCAACAGCCUCCCAAGGGACACAGGUGUCUCUAACGUCUUCCUCGCGCCACAGUCCGACACCGGCGCCCCCAUCGAUGGUAAAUCAUGGGGGCUCGCCUUUAGUUACGAAUGCUCCGUUGUCACCAAGCUCUCCGACUUCACCAUUCUAAGUCAUAGAAAAGAAGACGCAGAGCUCGCAAGUGGCGACGCAUACGGAUACGAUGUCCUCGGACCCAACGCGACCAUCGAAAUUUACAACCAGACUUCCAGUGGGGCCACAGCCCGCUUUGCAAACAACCUCCAAGCCGUGGCCGAGGUGGGCUACAACUGGCCGUACCGCCAAAGGAGACAGACGACCAACCUACCAGUUUCAUCCGAAUGCUACAACCCCAUCAGCAUCCCCGGCCCCGAGAGCAAGACAAUGCCAUACCCAGGCAUGGACGACGAGCCCCAGGUCCUUGAACUAAUCCUCUGGCAGAACCUCAGCGCCAAAAACACCAACCCCAACAUCAUCGAAAACCCCCCCACCCUCAACUUCACCCUCCCGGACACCAUCCCGGAGCUCUUCGGCGCCUACCAAACCCAGGCCGACGCCUACAACAUCACCCCGCCCACCCCCAUGGCCGCCAUCGGCGUCCGCUGCACGUCCACCUCCGCCGUCGGCACAGCACACCUCGACGGCCGACGCGCCGCCUUCCACACCUUCCAACCCUCCAACUCGACGCCCGUCGGCUUCGCGUCCUCCACCAAAUGCGCGGAGCGCCUCUCCAUCGGCGUGCCGCACCUCCUCUUCUCCGGCACGGCGCGGGACCGCGCCGAGACGGAGUGGCUGUCCCACUUGUAUGCGUCGGCGGGCCGGUUCGCGCAGGGGUAUGCGCAGCUGGGCACGCAUUUCAUCGGGACACGGGUGCCGCUGCAGUCGGCGUAUCUGCAGGCGGAGGAGCUGCGGGGGUCGCUGACGCGGGCGUAUGGGCUGUACGUGAUGCAGUUGGUGUAUAAUGGUGGGGUGGGGUACGUGGAUGGGGAGGGGCGGUAUCGGGAGGCGAGUGAGUUUGUCAAUGGGGAGGCGGUGGUGUAUUCGAGGGGGACGGUGCUGGUACCGGGGAUCGUGCCGCCCGUGGUGGCGUUUGUGUUUUUGGCGCUGUGGGCGGUUGGGUCGGGUUGUUUUGGGGUGCUGUAUUUGUUCAGGGGGUGUCGUGGUCUGGUAGAUCAUUAGAGGGGGAAAGGCUUGCGCCGCGGGGAUGUAAUGAUACGGAUACUGAUUGUAUUGUAGGGGAGCUUUAGUCAGGGGUUAAUUGCUGCAUUCAAUGUGCC